AUGGCAAUCCCGCCUGCCCGUCAUUGGCGUGCUCGCAGCGUGCUGGAUGUAAAUGAUCUCUCACUUCAUAUUUUCCCUCAGCUCCUCCCAGUCCUUGAAGUUGCAUGUCAUGUAAUUCAGAAACGCAGCCACCUUACCGGCAGUGGUGUGGUGGGUGUUGUGUUUUGCCACCUGCAGCCCAAUGAACGUCACUUCCCUUUCCGCACCGCUGUGCCCAUCUGCAGGAAUAUUGUCAGCCUACCUGGGGUCCACUGUGGCAGUUUCCGUUGGUUGCACCCCGACCACGUAGAACGCGUCCAGCAAGGGGAAAAACACUUGUUGGGCAUAUACAGAACGCCAGCUUGA